CAAACAUCGACCACAACAAAUCUGGCAGAAACUACCAGGAUCUUAGAUCUGCUUCCUCCCUCCCCCUUUUUUCUGUCGCUCUCCUUUGACUGGGGGAGGAGUAGUGCCCUAGGAAUAGGGAAAUCGAAAAACAUCUGGCAAAUAUGCUUUCUUUUGGCGAGCCAGGGGGUCCAGGGGAAGGCGGUUACCUGCGCACCGCCCCCCUCCCCGCCCCAUCGAGGCCCUGGGCGGAGAGCGCUGCGGCCUUACUGGCCUUCCCGGGUUUCGUUUGCCAGCUGGCCUUGGACAGGGUUAAGAGACAACUGCCCUUCCCCCCUGGCAGCGCUGCACAGCGGGUCCUACCGCUGCCUCGGCGUCAGCAGCGAGCCCAGCUCGUCUACGUCCCUCUCCCGCAGCAGCCGUGCUCUCCAAUUCGAUGGCCGCGGCUCUGAGCCUGCUCGCUGUUAGGGCCCUGUGGCCCAGCCGCCUCCUGAGCUGCGGGCGAGCUUUGCUCUCCUCCAGUGUCUGCAGUCGGGGAGCUGCCGAAGCCAGGCAGCCUCAGCCGGAACAGCGGCUCACCAGCUGCCGGCAACUGGAUGGCAUCAGGACCAUUAUCUUGAAUAAUCCAAAGAAAAGAAAUGCUCUGUCAUUACAUAUGCUGAAAUCUCUCCGAAAUGACAUUCUCCAUGAUGCUGAAAGCAAAGAUCUAAGAGUCAUUAUCAUUUCAGCUGAGGGGCCUGUAUUUUCCUCUGGUCAUGAUUUAACGGAACUUUCUGAUGAGCAAAGCCAGAAUUACCAUGCUGAAGUAUUCCGUACAUGUGCUGAGGUCAUGAUGCUAAUCCAGAAACACCCUGUUCCCAUCAUUGCCAAAGUGAAUGGCUUGGCCACUGCUGCGGGUUGUCAGCUGGUUGCAAGUUGUGACAUUGCACUGGCAAGUGAGAAAUCCCAUUUUGCAACUCCUGGUGUGAACGUAGGCCUCUUCUGCUCCACUCCAGCAGUUGCCCUGGGGAGAGCAGUUCCUAGAAAGGUUGCCUUAGAAAUGCUCUUUACUGGGGAACCCAUCACAGCCCAGGAAGCAUUGCUUCAUGGGCUGCUCAGCAAAGUGGUACCAGAAGAGAAGCUGGAGGAGGAGACCAUGAGAAUAGCCAAAAAGAUCUGUACAUUGAGCCGGUCUGUGGUGGCAAUGGGUAAAGCCACCUUCUACAAGCAGCUGUCUCAGGACAUCAAGACAGCCUACUAUCUCACCUCUCAAGCCAUGGUGGACAAUUUGGCCAGUCAGGAUGGGCAGGAGGGAAUCUCAGCCUUCAUCCAGAAGCGCAAGCCUGUAUGGUCAAACUCGUAGGCUAGAGCCACUGGGGGCAUCUGGAAGAAAGGAAAGCAGUCUGGCAAAGCCAAAACUUCCAUGAUUACAUAAUGAUGCUUUCAGAGGGAAAAAGAAAAUCUUAUCUACAAUGUCUUGUAUGUGAACUUUUGGGUUUGAUUUGACAGUGGAGGCUUUAGAGGCUCCACUGUGGACUUCCUUCCCCUUCUUCCCAACCCCAGAUCUGCCUCUGUUCCCCAAGCACAAUGACGCAUUGUCCUAUGAGACAGAGGACAGUGUUGAAAAAGUUGAAAUUUCAAAGUUGGAAUUGGUGUGACUGCAAUUUAUUUCAUUUUAAAGAUUUUAAUUUCAUGGGAUCUGACAUAUGGAUGAAUAAUAAAAAUGAAACAUUAUUUGGAAGAGCAAAAUAUGAUAAAAAGUUAUUGAAUACCUACUAGUUCUUCUACAAAGUGGGGAAUUUAACUUCACUCAAAGGAAUUUGGAUGAGCAAAGAAAGGCACUAAUCUAAGGAAAGGGUGCAAAGAAAUUUAAAAAAAUGAAAGAUUCAUGAUCUUCUUGUAGUUCUAUAAAGUUGAGUUGACUGGAGUUGUCUUGGAUAUGAAAUAAAAUGAAACAGAUUGAUGAUGUUCCUGAGAUAAAAUGCCAGUGGUGCUGGAAAUCUCUACACUGAAAAUUUCUAUCAUUCCCCUGAGAUGUUUGAACUUUGAUCUCUCACUCUUCUCCCGGUACAUCUCCCCCAGGUUUCAGGUUUAAAAUGCAACAGGCACUCAUGAGCUUUAAAAUCUAAUUUAAUAAAAAAUAAAUAAAAUCCAAUUUAAAGAAUUAUUUUACUAAUAAACAUAUUAAAAGAACAAUAAAAAAAGAAUAAAAAAUGUUUCCUUCUUGGAAUCAGCACAGCAAAAGGUCAGAAAAGAUGCCCCCAGUAUACAAAGAGUUAGGGGUAGAGUUUCUGACAAAUUCCCCAGGCUAAGCUUUUUAUCCUUCAAAGGGCAGAAAUACCCCUUUUCCCUUUUUAAAGAGCCUGCCUUGUUCACCUGGAGUCACUUGCCUCGAAGGAUGUACAAUAUUAGACAGGGCUAUCCAAAGAAAGGGGCAGCUAGCUAGCUAGAGUACUAGUCUUAAAAUCAGGAAAACCUGACUUCAAAUCCAGCCUCAGGUUACCUACUAGAUGUGUGACCCUGGGCAUGUCACUUAACCUUGUUUGUAUCAGUUUCCUCAUCUGCAAAUUGAACUGGAGAAAGAAAUGGCAAACCACUCUAGUGUCUGCCAAGAAAACCCUCCAGUGGAAUCAUAAAGAGUCAGAAACAACUGAACAGCUACAGAAAAAUAGGAAGAUAGAAGGUGGUUGUGGAGUAAAUGAGAGAAGAUAUGGAGCAAGGGAGAUAAGGCUGGGGAUAUGAAAGCAACCCUGUCCCUAUCACCCCUUUCUAGUCUCCAGCACUAAACCUGCAGAGCUCCUACCACCAAUGGAUUAAUGAUGAAAAAAAGGUUUCUUGUUGCUUAUGUAGAAUUCCCUUUAAAUAAGUAAUACCUUUUAAAGAAGUUUAAAAAAGCUCCCAGUUCACAAUUUUAUUUUGUGCCUCUUUUUUUUUUUCCAAAUAAUUUCUUCCUAUAGAGGAAAUAGCUGGGGGGGGGGGGGUGGGGGAGAAGUAAUAAAGUGAAGGUUUUUUCCUGAUUCCUCCAGCAAAGUGAGUAAAUGGAUCUGUGUAAAAGCCUAGAUUGAUAGAAUCCAUAGUUCCCAGAAGUCAUUGCUCCACUUCAGUGGCAUCAAGCCCAAAGGUUUUUAAAAGCAUUUUAUCUUUAUUUUUGGUGUCAUAUCUGAGAGUAUCAAAGUACCUUAGAUAGAGCCAUUGAGGCGCAGGAAAGCCUUGGAGUUAUUGGAAAGAAAAUAAAAGGUCAAAUGUGUUUACUGUUGAGCAUCUUCUGUCUAAACUAAGAAUGAUGUUUGGAAUUUAAUCUCAAAUCCGCAGGUGAAUGAAAUGAUUUUCUCUUUUUUAUUCUGACCAUUUGAUAAUUGUAUCUUUAAGACAGUCUCUGUCUUGGGGGACAAGUUGGUGGGUCUCAUUCUUUUCAAGAUAUUUUAUUUUUCCAGGUAUAGGUAAUAACAAUUUUCAAUUUCAUUUUCCAAAAUUAUAAGAUCCAAAUUGCCAAAAAUAGCAAGUAAUUUGGUCUGGAUUAAACAAGUAAUACCAUGCAAUUCUGUUGGUCUUUUAACAUGCAGUUGAUCUAGAAUUCUUUAAUUAUACCCGAAAGGGCUUCACUCAUAUCAUAUUGGCUCAGUUUUUGACCCUUAUGGUCUAAAGCUUUCCUAAAGUCUUAAAAGGGCACCAUCUGCCACAGUAAGACCUCCCUUUACUCAACCCAAAUCCUUCACAUUAAGUUGAAAAUCACCCAUAAUAGUGACCUCCAUUAUUUAAUAUGUAUUUUUAUGUGAAUAUACCUAUGUACUUUAUGACUUUUCUUAGGUUUAUUACAGAUGCCAUCAUUACCACUCUUGUACUUUGGGUCCAUUAUUGACAACUAAAUAGCAUUAAUGAAACAAAGAGAAGCCCUGAUCUGACAUGGGCAUGACUUGUUACAAGCAAGAAAACUGAUUUGUGGGAUGCAGGUAGGUGGCCCAGUGGAUUGAGAUCCAGGCCUCAUGGUCCUGGAUUCAAAUCUAACCUUACAUUCUUCCUAGCUGUAUGACCCUGGGCAAGUCACUAAAUCCCAAUUGCCUAGCUCUUACUGCUUUUCUGCCUUAAAAUCAACAUAUAGAAUUGAUUCCAAGAUGGAAAGUAGGCUAAAGGGGUUUAAAAAAAAAAGAUUGAUGUGGGAGCUAAUAUUUGGAAUAAAACAAUGCAAUGAUUUCUCAGAGUGAAAUGAGUAUGAUUGGGUAAACUACUGUGAGAUUUUUGUGUUGCUUGGGAAAAUGGCAUGGAUUUAGUGGGUAAUUAAAUUUUUUGUUUUACAUA